AUGUCAGCUUCAACGCGUUCAGAGGUCCUGUCGCUUUAUCGUUCCUUUCUCCGCGUGAUCGAACGUUGGCCGACCGAUUAUUUAAGACCAAACACAGAUAUGAGACACGUGCUUCAUUUACGUGUCGUCGAAGGUUUUAGACAGAACUUGGUCAUUAAGGACGCAGACGUUUAUGACUCCUUGAUUCUGGAAGCAAACAUCGAACUAGACGCACUAAGAAAGCUAGCAGAUAAUGAAUAUAAAGAGAAGUAUCCGCUUUCUGAUCGGAUAUAUCGACCUGCGGCAAAUCCAAAAUAUUACUAUGGUUUAGUUGCUGCCAUAGAUAAGGCCGCCAAACAAAAGCAAGAAGAAAAAUCAAAACCCCCUUCAUUUUGGAACAGAUUAUGGGGAGGAAAUCGAGUAAAUUAG